AAGUAGCGGUCAGUGAAGCGCGGCAAAGAAGAGCACUGUCGAUAUAAUGCCUCCUAACAAUCUCAGGCUGUCUCUUUUCAUUAAAAUAUUGGGCAGACUGACGUUGACAAGAUCGGUUGACAUGCAUGACUAGACUGUGGAUAUUCGAGUGAACUGACGAGAGAAACAGUAAUGUAGGCAGAAGCGACGGACGAACUAAAUCAUGGGUUCGGAGGCGGUGGAGGACUGUGUGCAGGGGGCACUCUCCUCCCUUUAUCCGCCGUUUGAGAGUACUGCUCCUCCUCUCCUCUCCCAGGUCUUCUCUGUCAUAGAGUCUACCUAUCAGCAUGACAGUUUGAGGUACCUGCUGGAUUUCUUUAUCCCAGCCAAACACCUACUACACAGACUUCAGCAACAUGCCUGUUCUCAGUAUUUGGGCUGUCUUUUCUUGCACUCUGGUUGGCCACUGUGCUUGGGAGAGAAGGUUGUGGUUCAGCUCGCUACUCUUGACUGGAGGCUCUUGGGCAGCACGGACUUCUAUCUACAGGUGGUGCCAUUCUCCACACGUUGUCCCCGUCUGGCUCUAAAGUGCCUUGCUCCAGGUGGACGAAACAUUCAGGAGGUCUUGGUGCCAGAGUCUCAGCACUCUCUAGUGUUCACAGCUGAGUGGCUGCACUGCAUAAACAAAGAACGUGGCUGCAAAAGAGAAGGAGGUUGUGGUUUAGACACCUGUCUGGUGAGUACAUCUGAUGGUGUGGUCCGUCUGCCAUGGGAUGAGGUGGUGUACCCAAAACUUCUCCAUAACCCCUCUGACCCUCUGUCAAGCCUGGAGUGUCCCUCUUCAGAACCCCCUGGCCCUGACUACCUCUCCCCAAAUACAAGAGGACUUGGGCUGGGCAGGGUGUCUUCUUCAGGAGAGCUCGACUCCUUGUCCUGGGACGAAGAGGAUGACCUUCCUCCGGAUGGGGAUGAGGCUGAAUCUGGGUCUAUGUCUGGGCACCUGAGGCGGGCCAGUGAGAACCAGCCAGGAGCUGAUAGUUCUGGAGACUAUGUGGAGCUCUUGGAGCCUCGGGGGGGUCCGGACGGUGGCACAGACCCCAGGCAGCGGUAUCUUGAAAUGCACGGGAUCUGCAAGACUAAAACGCUGCCAUUGUGCCGCCGCACCAAGGCCAUCCGGCUGCGGAGGGGGAAGGCCUGGGGUUGUGGCAGGAUUGAGCCAAGGGGGCGAACCGGGAGUCUGGGCAGGAAGGAAAGCUGCAGCAGUGGGAAGGACGGAGCUGGUUCUUGCAGGGGCUCGGUUAACUUAAAACCCCUGCCUCAGGUCAUCAACCUGGCCCGAGAGAGGCAGCUAUGCCACGGCUUGGAUGAAGGUGGUGGAGGUCUAGCAAGCCAGGAAAGCAGAGGACUUUAUUUGAAGGGUGCUGCUAAUGAGAGGCGGCCUGGUGUGGGAAAGGAGAGGGAGGGUCCUGGAAGCACACUGCCCUGGAGUGAGAGUCAUAAAGGGAGGCUCUCUAAUUAUAUGUGUUCUUCUAUAUCUAAGAAUAUCAAUGAAAUAGACACAUACACAGCUGGCAAACCUGCAAUGGAUCAAUCAAAUCAAGAUCAAGGUCUCCACUUGGACUAUGGUUUUCAAGAUGGUAGUUCAUUGAUUGGCACUUUAGAUAGGGAGGAUAAAGCUAGAAGAAAAUUUAGUAGUGCAUUCAGUGCUGCAGAUAAUACAGGGACCAGAGUGACGGAUAAAGCAAAUUCAGACUCUGGCCAAUAUUUGCCUAACAGAUCUGAAACAAAGUUAAAUCCCCCUCAGGACUUAUCUCAGAAGAGGGAGUUAGACACCCUCUGUAAUGUUCACAGCACAACCAAAGAGUCAGGAAACUCCAAAGACCAAAAGCGAAUCCAUAAUGCACACCAGAAUCCAGAAAAGACCCUUUCUCAAUCGGGUACUGGCAGCGUCACUGGUGAAAGGCAUGCUGGGAAGUUGGAGCAAUGUCUGUGUCCCAGGGGAAAGGAAGUCAAAGCAGGAGGAUUUCGAGCACCCAGAAGGAAGAGGAAAGUUAAAGGGGCCAAAGGGAGGGGCAAAUCUGGUGCCCAUGGCAACCAUAAAGGCAAGGGAGCCUUCAGUUCAUCAAAGGGCCAGAACAAAGCAAGCGAGUUGGCCAUCACUUCUGUUUCAUCAGCUAAAUCGUCUCUCUCUAAGCACAGCCAUUCUCAAGAGCUUAAUAGACCAUCAAAGGUGGAAACAGAUUGUGUGUUAAUCAGUGGGAAUGAACCAGAACGUCUGUCUGCUGACAGAAGUGGAGCUGAGAAACCAGAAGGUCAAUCAGAAAACUUCCCUGAUUCAAAGACUCAGUCAGGCUCAUCUUUACCUGACCAUGCUUCAAAAGAGAUGAUAUCAUCAGCACCUUCUGACCAAUCAAAUGGACAAUCUCCUAAAGCUCCUCCUCUGCUUGGGGAUUUAGAUGUUGAUCUCCUCCAAUCUGGAAAAUUCAUAUUGACAGGUACUGUGGACAGACUUGGGCGAUCAUUGGUUAUUACAGAAGCACACACCUCUGAAGAAGGUUACCAUGUCAAUGACUUAGUGCAACUACUGUCAUGUUAUUACAGCCUCACCAGACCUGUAACUCGGGAGAAAGGCUUGACUGUGCUGGUGGACAGUAGGCAGGCUCCUCUUUCGGAUCUCUGCAGUUCUGCCCUACGGUUAUUCAAGCUUCAGGUACCAGCUGGUCUUCACUCUGUUUUGAUUCUUACAAAGGAAGAGCAAGAGUCGACACCUCCAAGUCUGGAUGGGAUAGAGUCUCAGGUACAUUUAGUGAAAGGUACUGGUGUCCUUCAGCAGUAUGUGGACAGGCAUCAGUUGACCAAAGAACUGGAUGGAGACUUCGAGCACUCGCAUACUGAUUGGCUUGGUUUCAGGCUGAGCCUGGAGCAGCUGCGAGAAAGAUGUGAGAGUGCCCUCCAUCUGCUGGGAGAAGCACUGCAGUCUAUGGACACAGAGCCACUUCCUGACUGCAUUAAGGCUAUACCACUCAGUGUUGACAAACACAAGCAGCUGAUGACAAAUGUUCUGGCUGACCAACGUCUCACAGAGCUACAAAGGAGGGGUGGGGCUUGGCUGGCUGGACUGGCUAGUGGGACAUCCGGACUGGCUCAAAGGUCACCAGACUGCAGGGCUGCCUUGGCUGCAACCUCUGACCUUUAUGACAGUGUUGAUGAUGCCCUCCAUCGAUUGGUGCGUGUUUCUAACCAGAAAGGUCAUGACCUUGAAUCACUUGGUAGACUGGCAGCACUAGUGGCUAAACUGGAUAAGUGUGAGCAAGACAUAGAGAGUGUGCAGGAGCAGCUGGAGGAAUAUAAGGAUCCUCCUCUCUCCCUCAGCCGCCUUUCACUCAAACAGCAAAAGUUCAAGAGCUUUAGGGAGUCUGCCAUGGAACUUCAUAGUGAGACUCUAGUGGUGCUGGGAGAAGUUGAGAGCUGGUCCGAGCUUGAAUGGGAGGGGCUGGGGGUGGUCCUUAACCGACUCCCUCCAAUUAGAGAGAAAGUGAGAGACAUGUCACACUGUCUGUCUGACUGCUGGACACAACUGGACAACACUCAGAGACUUCUGUCCACUCUUACGGAGGCCUCCCAGUGGUGUGAUGUGGUCUCCUCUUCAUCUCCGCUCUCCUCCCCUUCUUCUCCUCUCUCCUCCCUCCCACCCAUCCCACCAUCCCGUUUCCAGGAUGCACGGGCCCUGGCUCUUGAGCUGGGUGGUGGGGCCCUGCUAGACCUCUGGGCUCAGACCCUGGAGCGCUACCAGCGGACGCUUUCCCAAUUUAAGAGCCGUGUGCUACAGGGCCAAGAGCCUGGCACAGGGGCACCCAGGACCCCCAGGACCCCCAGCUCGUGGGAGCUGGAGGGAGAGGGGGAUGGAGAUUGGGGUGGUGGAGGUUCAGGGGACGGAGGGCUACAGUCCUGGGGCUCGCUGGCAUCACUCUUUCGGCCACAGAACUGUUCCACGCUAAAGAUCGGAGACGACAAGAAAAAGGAGGGCGCAGGCGGGAGUGCUGGUGGAGGAAAAUUCCUGCACAACCUGCUCAACCCAAGCAAGAAGAGUCCCACUGAUCUCCCUCCUAAACCCCCUCGCAAGCGACAUCCCAGCUUCGACCUCCAGGCCCUACUGGCACCACGGCGCACCGCCGUGGCAGCACCCAAACCAGCGGAGCCUUUGCCAGUCCCUGUGAGCAACUCUUCCCCGCUGCCCUGGCUGGGAAGGAAGGCUCUGACUGAGUCAGCACUUGCUGCAGGGACAGCAGCGGCCGUGCCGGGAUGGAGGGACAGCGCAGGAGGCAAAUGUGGCGUUUUAAUCCGGGGGGUGGAGGUCAGCAGCAAAGAGGUGGCAGAUCACACUGGGCUCUCCAGGCAGCACGUGCUGCUUGGCCGGACCGACCGGGAUGCACCGGGGGAGAGGCCCGGAACUACUGCACAGAGUUUAUCUCCCUCUGUCUCUUUCAGCAAGUUGUACCUGCAGUGGUGCAGGCUGGUGAGCUCUGAGAGAGAGUAUGUAGCAUUACUGAAGGGUGUAGAAGAAACCUAUAUCCCUCUACUGGACAGCCCAGAAGCACCAACCUCUUUACGAGGAAAAGCCGACUCCCUCUUCUCAAACUGGAGCAGUCUCACUGCCUUCCACUCACAGUUACUCCUACCCACCAUAGAGGGUGCUCUCUCUCAGACGCUGCAUCAGACCAACUGCUUCAGUAAAUACAGAGAGCAGUUCAUGCAAUAUUCCCACUACAUCCGGAUGAAGCCAGAGCUGGACUCCCCGCUGGUCAGUCAAGCUGCCGACAUCUUCAAGGCAAAGCAGUCCUGCUCUCCUGCUCUGUCUGCUGUGACCUUUCCUCAGUGUCUGGUAGCUCCUACUCAGAGGCUGCAGCACUAUUGCGAGAUCCUUGAGGAACUGGGAGGGCUAUACCCCACCCCUGACUCCGCCCUCUCUAUUCUCAGAUACGCCCAGCGCUAUGGAGAGGCCCUGCGGGCCAGCGACCUCAUCAUGGGCUGUCCGGUACCUGUGGCAGAACGGGGGGAGUUGGUACGACAGGGUGAGCUGUGUGUCUGUGUGUGCGCCGGCGGCCGCAGAAAAAAGACGGGCAUGAGAAGUGUGUUCCUCUACCAGCAUUACGUCAUUUUCACCAAACACAAAACUCCUAGUCCUGGACGCAGUGCAUACAGUUUCAAACACUGCAUAAAGACAGGAGAGAUGGGUCUGACCCAAAAUGUGGGCAAGGAGGGCCUCAGGUUUGAGGUGUGGGUGAGACAGGCAUCUCGCACCAAAGACUGUCUCACUCUCCAGACCUCCACUUCGGAGGAGAGAGAAGCUUGGACCCAUGACAUUGCCCAGCUCCUGUGGACACACGCCAUUCAUAACACAGAGUUGUGUCUGAAGGAGUCUCUGUGUAUGGGAGUGUCCAGCAAGCUUCUACUGGAUGUGACAGGAGCUCACAUAUCUGACCUGGACUCAAGCUUCAGUCUUAAUGACAGAGUUCAGAGUAGCUGUUCAGAUUCCUCCUCACUGGGCAGCCAGAAAGAAGGAGGUUCUCCUGCCACUGCACGAGACCCAAAGAAAAACUCAGUUCAAACCAGUUCCACAACGAACUCAUUGCUAUCCACCUCCAUCUGAACUUCUCAUCUCAACCUUAAACAAAUGAAAGCAUUCAAUGGAUAUUCACUUGACUGAGAAAACUGGACAAACUCUGCACCAAAAGAGACUGGAAGAUGACUCUAUACAGCACGAUAAAUUAUAUCAAGGUUUGGAAUCUGUGGCACAUUCCACAGAGUAUGCCAUUUCGGCUUUGCCUGUUCCAGUUGCUCUCUGAGGGUAACUGAUUUCUAGACUGUGUAGCAUGAUUCUCAUUUUUGCACACUGCUGGCUUCAGUGCAUUGGCUACUUAAAGUUGUGUCUGCUCCAGGAAUUACUCUCAUAGGUCUGAAGUGGUCCAAAGCAAAACUUUAAACAAGGCUUUCAAUUGUUUUUGCUCUACUA